CCUGAAGAACUUCUACCAGAUCAUGGGCAUUGCACAUCCAACGGCAACGAUUGAGGUUCGGCGACCAAGAUCGAACGAGGAGCUGCCACCAGAAGUUCGGACCGAUCCGAGUGACAAUCUCCCUGCUGAUAUAAGGAAUACCCUCGUCAGGCGAAACGGCUACCAUUAUUCGCUAGUGACCAUCGACCGAGUGCCAGGAAUUCGUCUGGGUCUCUCAAUCAAAACAAGGGACAAUCGAGUGUUCGUCUCUGAUGUGAAACCCGACUCGAUGUGCUCGCCUCAUCUCAAAGUCUUCGACCAUAUCGUCUACGUGAGCGGGGUUCGUGUGACGCAAGCUGACGUAGCGCAAACGCUGUUGGUAAAGAGCAUGAAAGAGACCGGCCGCGUCGACCUGGUCAUUGGCCGUCCUACUUCCCGUCCGGCGAUUGCUGCUGCAAUGAUCACCUUGGCGCAAGAAGAUGCUCAUGAUCCGCCUUCUGUCAGGCUGAAUGUGGAUGUGCAGCAAGUGAUGCGGCAGCAGGUGUCUUUUCUUUAUUUGAUAACAAAACUUCAUUUCUAACUUUUUUCUUUUCUCUAGAUCUUGAGUAUGGCAGCCUUGGCGCAAUUCCAGCCUCCGGCCGUGCUUCGUAAUGGUCCCACACCGCCUCAACCGAACAGCCGUCGCAUCACCUUCACUGGAAACAACGAGAUCGUCCCGAUCCAGAGUGAUAAUGUUGGCCGCCAGCUGCGCCGAGUGACGACAGGAAUUCCGAAUUCCCCAAUACGGCAGAGGUAGAGAAUAGCGCAAUGGAUGAAGAUGCUCUUCUAAACAGCUGUAAUUGCUAGGAUAUAUCCCAUAAACUCACAUAUUUCCUCAUAUUACUCUUGUAUGUAUUUUUCUCUAAUAUUUGCCACUUGUGAUAUUGUUCUAUUUGCCAUUUGUGAUAUUGUUGCUUUUGUAUGUACAUAGUAUUUGUUUGUUUGUAAUAUAUAAUGUGAAUAAAAGAUGUAAUAAAAGUUUUGCUCGUAUUUCAAUUUUGAUCAUACUCGAAUUUCUAGAACAACAUCCACUCCAUUUUUGCCUAGUAACUCCUCCAUUCCCUUC